UUUACUCCAUCUUUCUACUGAUGCUAUCAGAAAGUCAAAUCCCUCUCUACGUUCAUCUCUUUCUUACAGCCAGGAUGUCUGUGAGAAGUGCAAAGGCGGGAGCAGAGAGUAGACCGUCCUCUGUGGCCAGCUUGUCUCCACGAGGCGGCCGGGGUGUGGCAGCUGGCAGAUCGCCCGUUUCUGGAAGAUUCAAAAACAAGGCUCUUCAGCUCAGUCUCUCCAAGAAAUUCUGCUCAAAGUCAAAGUCCUCCACUGCGCAGGGGAAGGGCUCUGAAGAGGUGGAGGCUCGCAAGAACAGCAAGAGGACCAGUAACAGCUCUGCAGUGGCCGCAGCCUACAUCUCCUACCUCAAUAAGCUCUUCGGACAGGAGCGAGAUCUGAUGCCAGGGGAGUUGGAUGAGCUGCAGGAGGCCUUUAAGGAAUUUGACUAUGACGCGGACGGCUACAUCCAUUACAAAGACAUCGCCGACUGCAUGAGAACCAUGGGCUACAUGCCGACAGAGAUGGAGCUCAUCGAGAUCAUACAACAAAUCAAGAUGAGAUGGGGUGGUCACGUAGACUUUGAUGAUUUCUGCCAGUUAAUGGGGCCGAGGAUGUUGGCUGAGACGGCUCAUAUGGUCGGGCUGAAAGAGCUCCGCUGUGCCUUCAAACAGUUUGACUGUGAUGGCGAUGGAAAGAUCACGUUGGAUGAGCUGAAAGAGGGCAUGAAGAACCUCCUAGGGGAGAAACUGAAGAAAGGUGAGCUGGAGGAGAUCCUCGCCGACAUUGACCUCAACAAAGAUGGCAACAUCGACUUUGACGAGUUUGUUAUGAUGCUUUCUGCACGGUGACCUCUGAUGGAAGAUUGAAGAUUGGUCGCACAACACAGCUCAUCAACAAUUUCUCCUCUCUGCUGUUUACUGGCAUUAUGCAUAUCAGAUGUCACCGUGUAGGAGCACAUUAAAAUGAAGAGAUCUGUUGGUGUGUUUUAAAAUUUAAACAAAAGUUGAGAUGGGUUGAGGCUAAGUGCAGAGGGUUGAGGGUGAGUUAUGAAACAAGAUAGUGUGGAUGAAAGAAUGCACUACUGUCACCCUCUUGUGGUGAAGAUGUGAAGACACUCCAGUUAUACAAACUGAAGAUACAUUUUCAUUACCUGCUGAGGAUUUAGAGAGGUAUAAAUGGACUGUUGAUUUAUUCUCCAGCAUCUACUCCUGUAUCUAUAUUAUUUACACAAACAUGAGUUUGAGGAUCUGAAAACGUAAUCACUUAUAUUGUAAUGAAUGCAUUUCUCUGUCUAAGCUCAAAGAUU